AUCGAUAUUUUUUCAUAAAAAUUUUUAAGCUAAUCCUAAGUUGUAGAAUUGAUUGUUAUUAUAUGAUUUUUGAUUUAAAAACUUUAAUUAAUUUAUUAUUUAUUAACUAAAUUAUUUAAUGAUAUAUUGAUAAAAUGAAUGAUAUUGUUAAACAUACUCUUUUUAAUUUUCCGAAAUCAUUUAAAUUUAAAUUAAAUGACUUGAAAUUUAUUCAAUAUCGGUAUGCUCAUAAUGUUCGUCCACCACGUAUUAAAUAUCCAAUGUGGUAUUUACAGCGAGAACGUGCAAAAGAUGAACAACACUUGACCUCUGAUAAUCGUGCUUUUAUAAAAGAAGUUGUUCAUGAUAAAUUUGGCAUGCCUGCUGUUAUACAUGGUAUUUCAACUUAUGACUUAAAAUCUCCACUUGCUGAAAAUUCUGUAGAACACAAUGUUAAAUGGAAUCCAAAAUUCACACGCUCUGGAUUAAUAGCAAGAAAAAUUGGCAACUAUCCUUUAUGGUUAAAUAAUGGUAAAAGUGUUCUUACCACAUUAUUGCAAGUAAUAGAUAAUCAUGUUAUUAAGUACAUACCACCAGGAGAAUUUGAUCCUCCUCGUAAACCAUACAGCUGUCCAAAUCAUAAAAAGCAACUAGGAUGUCUACUUGUUGGAGCUGAAAGUGCUGAUCCACAAUAUUUUACAAAGGAAUAUUGUGGUAUAUUUUACAAAGAAGGAAUGAUGCCUAAAAAGUAUUUAGGAAGAUUUCUAAUAUCUCCUGAAGCAGCUUUGCAACCAGGUACUCCACUUUUGGCUUCACAUUUUCGUGUUGGUGAUACUAUUGAUAUCCGUGGAAAAACAAUUGAUAGAGGAUUCCAAGGUGUCAUGAAACGUUGGGGCUUUCAUGGUAUGCCUGCUACUCAUGGUGUAACUAAAUCACAUCGUAGAGGAGGUAAUAUUGGUCAUGGAGGGGAGAAAGGAAGAGUUUUUCCUGGCACUAAAAUGCCUGGUCAUAUGGGAAACAGAUAUAGAAUUCAUAGAGGUGCAACAAUCUUAAGAAUUAAUCACAAGUUUAAUGUUAUUUGGGUAAAAGGUGUUGCAUCACCAGGAGAAACUAAUUCCAUUGUGUACUUGUAUGAUACUCUGUUACCAUUGAGAAAACCUAAGACUGCUUUGCCGUUUCCUACAUCUAAAAGAUCAGAGGAUAAUGAAAUAGAUUCUUAUGCUGAUGAAGUUUAUAAAUUUACUGACCAGACUAUUACAUUUGAAGAAGAAAAAUAGAAUAUUACUGUUAUUUUUACUUAUUGUAUAUAAUUUAUUAAAGAUAAUUUAACUAGUUUA